AUGCCUGAACCUGCGAAAUCAGCACCCGCUCCCAAAAAGGGGUCUAAAAAAGCUGUCACCAAGACCCAGAAGAAGGGGGAUAAGAAAAGGCGUAAGACCAGGAAAGAGAGUUAUGCCAUUUACGUGUACAACCCAACAAACAUGGGACGUCGGCCCGACGCGAUGGGCAUUAUGAAUUCGUUCGUAAACGACAUCUUCGAGCGCAUCGCCGGAGAAGCCUCGCGCCUGGCGCAUUACAACAAGCGCUCCACUAUCACAUCCCGGGAGAUCCAGACGGCCGUGCGCCUGCUCCUGCCGGGAGAGCUUGCCAAACACGCCGUGUCCGAGGGCACAAAGGCCGUGACUAAAUACACAAGCUCCAAAUGA